AUGUUGCACUCUUUAAAUCUGGGAUGGUGUGACAAUGUUGGUGAUCUAGGAGUUACGAGUCUAGCAUAUGGAUGCCCUGAUCUCAAAUGCCUUGACUUGUGUGGCUGUGUCCGCAUAACAGAUGAUAACGUGAUUGCUUUGGCGAGUGGAUGUCUCCAUUUGAGGUCGAUUGGUCUGUACUAUUGCCGGAAUAUCACAGACAGGGCAAUGUACUCACUGGCUUACAGCCGAGUGAAGAACAAGGCUUCAAUCUGGCAGCCGAUGAAGGGUAGAUAUGAUGAGGAAGGUCUUAGAAGUCUGAAUAUAAGCCAGUGUACUGCACUGACUCCUUUAGCUGUUCAGGCAUUAUGUGACACGUUCCCUGCUCUUCACACCUGCUUUGGAAGGCAUUCCCUUGUCAUGAACGGCUGCUUGAACUUAACGUCUGUGCAUUGCGCUUGUGCGGUCCAAUCACACCGCACACUAAACAGUAUUCUCCAUACAGCUCAUUGA